AAGCACAGCGUGCUUGCUGUUAAAAUUUGACACGCACCAACUUAGAGGGAGAAACCAGAGAGGUGGCAGAAGUAGCUUUUGUGAGGAGUUCUAGAACUUUUUUUGUCUUUUACAGCUUAUUCGCGUGCGUAAAAGUUGAAUGUAUUCGCUCUAGCACGAAUGCAACUAGAUUUUACAUUGGGUUUUCUUUCGGACAAAGAACUCAGGUGUUUCUUUUACACAGGAAGACCUGCACGGAAACAUUUGUUUCGUGGAAAUUUAAUUAACAUCGGAGAUAUUUUAUUGAAAGCUUAUGUGUUGAUACGGUUUAUUUUAUUUGUCGAGCAGAAUUCCGAGUGUUUUUAGAUUUUAUUUCACGUUCUUUUUCACACUGAGUGGGACCUCCGCGCACAGUAGCUAGCUAGCUACAUCGAAUCAGAUCCAAAAUGGACGAGGCAGAGAAGUACCAGCAGAGGCUGCAGGCCAUUGCGGAGAAGCGGCGACUCCAGGAGGAGCAGGAGCGAGCCAGGCGAGAGAUGGAGGACGAGAGGCUCAGACUGCAGCAGCUCAAGAGGAAGUCUCUGAGAGACCAGUGGUUGAUGGACGGCCCCCCCUCCACUCCUGACAGUGCUGGGCCCAGCUCUCCUCUCUGGGGCUCACAGGCUCAGGAGAUAGAGGAGCGGAUAGACAAGCUGCAGACAGAGAGCCAGCAGCUGGCAGAAGAAGCAGAGAAGCUGCAACAGCAGGGGGAUGCACAAGCCCAGAAUGACACAGAUGGCGACAAAGCCGGCAUCAGUCAGAGUGACGAGGCAGAGAAGGCGGAGGUCGUGACGGGAGAUGGUGGUUCCCCUGAGAUUCCCAUACUCCCCACCUCCCUCCAGGGAAAUACUGUUGAGAAUGGAGAACAGGAGCGCUCAGUGGUGGGAGUUGUUGAGGUGCAGGUGGAGAGGGACCUGAAGACAGGGGCCACCACCAUCAAGUCUGUGUCCCCCGUGGCUCCAGGGGAGCUGGCGCCCUCGGGGGAGACGGUGUUUGACGACGGCCGCACGAGUGUGCAGACUGUCGGGGGCCUGGGGGAUGGGGCUCAGCCCACCCCCGAGGAGCUGGGACAGGUCCUGUCUGCGGUCGCGGGCACCGCGGCCGAGGCGGCGCCGGAGGAGGCUGCAGUCACCCCCAAUGGGACAGAGGGGGAUGGGGAGGAGACCCACAAAGGCCCGGCAGAGGAGAACGGGUGCACAGGAGCUGAUUCCACCCCCAGUCCCCCGCAGCCCGAAGGCACGCCCAGCACCAAUGGCCCCGUGAGUGAUGCGCAAAGCCCACAGCUGGAAGGAGGUAGCGCGGACGGCGCACCGGAUCAGCUGGGGGAGGGUCCCGUCACCAUGACGUUCCUGGGGUUCGCGGAGGCAGAGCCCGGGGAGGACGGGGGAGAUGAGGAUGCUGGAGAGAUCAUCCGGGCGGAGAGGGUGAUCAUCACAGACGAGGGUGAAGAGCUGCCCGAAACGGAGCAGGAGGCACCCCCAGGCAACAGCACAGAGCCUCCCGCACCAUCUGACAGCUCUGCUGCAGCUGAACCCUCUGAGGCUGAGACUGAGGCAGAGGGAGAGGCCCCUCAACCUGACACAGAAGCGGGUGCUGGGGGUCCUUUGGAUUCCGAAAUAAAGACUGAACCCGAGGCCCCCCAGGCUGAGGAAGCCGCAGCAGCAGACACAGAAACUGAAACAGAAACACAAGCAGGAGGGGCAGUGUGCGAGGGAGCGGGUCAGCCUGCAGAGGAGGCUCCAGCUCCUGAGGCGGAGCUUCCUGCUGCCUCUGCAGAGGCGGAAGCCUCGGCCUCUCAGCUCCCGGUGUACUCCACAGGCCAGCCCUCGCUCACACCCCAGCCCGGCACGGAGGAAGAGGGUGCGGACGCAGAGGGGAAGAUCGAGGAAGAUGAGGCCGCGGCUCCGGCAGGCACACCCGGGCAGUUCCAGGAUGUUCCUCUGGAUGGGAACGCGAAGGUGGAGGACGCUGGCGAGCCAGAGCUUCAACCUCUGAAGGAGACGACAGAAACCCCAGUCCAGCCAUCUGAGCAGGAGACCCUACUGGUCUCCUCCAAAGCCUCCGGCCAGACCGACGCCGCCGCUCCCAGCCGAGGCGAGGGAGGGGACGCCCCCAAACGCAAGACCUGCCAGUGCUGCUCUGUCAUGUGAUUUCUCAGACUAGGACAAAACUGUUUCCCUCUCACUUCCCCUCCCUAUUUCUUUCUGUCUCUCUCUGUCUGUCUCUCUCUCUCUCUCAGGUGAUUUCCUCAGCACACUACAGACUGUAAAGACUACAUCAAACUGCAUCAGCAACCUGCCUCCCGAGUUCCCCUCCCCCCUGUCUGCUCUUGAACAUUGACAGGCAGUGUUCACAAAGUGGCCGCAAACCGCUGGCUCCACUGAGAAAAUCUGCCCUCCCCAACACUCUAGCACAUCUGAGCAAAUACCAAAUGAAUGAGUGGAGCUGGACCUGGACACUGUGAGGCUGAUCCCAGACAGUGGAGCAAUCUGAACCAAACCACAAUAAAACGGCAAACAACUCACAAACUGUGAUUGUUGCCUGGUUUCAGGUUACAGCUAGAUUUUUCAGCUUUACACAAGAUCCGCCUUUUUUGUUACCGUAAAAUGAAGUGUUUCAUUGUUUAUUUACUGUACUAAUCAUGUCCUGUGUGCAUUACCCCAGGGUUACAAUGAUUCAGAUACUCCAUCUGCUGGACAUAAUAGAGUACUGCAGUUGUCUUUUUUGCUGCAGGUGUAUUUUUACUGCUCUUAUUCCUCUGAUGAUUUUUUUGUUUGUUUGUUUGGCAUUGUAGAGUCCGCAUUAUCACAAACUUGUUUUAGGACUGAAGGGAGGAUAUGCAGUUUUUAUCAUCUGGACUUACUUUUCACAGUUUUGACGCCUACAGUCCUUUAUGGCUUCCAAGCCUUGAUUUUACUUUUAAUCAGCAAUCUUUAUAGGGAAAUCAUUUUACACAAAUAUUCAUGUGUUUGAAAUGCUUUAAUACAUGGUCCUCAAGGAUCAAGACAAUAUUAAAAAAAGUAAAUGCACAGUUACCGUUUUGUAAUAUUGCUGUGUAGCUUAAUGUAUAUAACAUGAACUGAGACAGG